AAAAACAGGAAUCAGCUUCGUCCUAAACCCCUCACACGAGAGAGAAAGAGAGAGAGGUCUCGCAUCAUGCUCGCGUUCUUCCUCCAGGUUUUCACUUGGCCGACGUUCAUAUGACUGCGUUCGUUUUACAAUAUCAGGAUGAACACGAAAGUUCAGCACUCUUCAUCAGCUGAACAAGCCAUCAUUUCUCCUGGUGUAACAGCUAAUCUAUCCACCAUGGCUUCCACAAGCAGCCCCAAAGUCUCCUUAUUUGCUAAAAAGUUAGGAUUUGUAAUUCCAAAGAAUAAAUUAUCAGGUUCAUUAGUUCCCAUCUUCCGAGAUGCUAAAAAGCGUGGAAGCGGAGAGGUUGUGAAUGGAAAGAGUAAGGAACAGGCGCAAAGGAAUACAAAGUGGGGCCCUGAUUUGACUCAGGAGACAUCUGUUAGAAAAGCAAGAGCUUUGGCUUACCAGGUUCGAGUGGAUCAAAUCACUCAACAACUAAAUUCACGAACUCUCAGUAGUGAUCAUCAACACUUAGUGGAGGAUGAGGCUCCAGAUCAUAAACUUCCUAAUCAUCAGAUAAACGAUGAGAACUUAUUGGAGCUUGAAAAACGGGAACUUAUUGGUGAAAUACUGAAACUAAACCCAAGCUACAAGGCUCCCCAUGAUUACAAACCCUUGUUAAAGGAGGCUAAAGUUCCCAUACCUAGUAAAGAUUAUCCCGGUUACAACUUUAUUGGUCUAUUUUUUGGAUCAUCAAAUGAUACUCAAAAGCGUUUGGAGAAGGAAACUGGAGCUAAAAUUAAAGUUUAUGGCAUCAAAGCAAAUACAGGAGAGAAGGCUGAAAUUAAUGCUUCUGAUGGAAAUGAAACUAUCAAUUCCUGCUCCGAGGUUUACGUUCACAUAGCUGCAGACACGUAUGAGAAAGUUGAUUCGGCAGUAGAACUAAUUGAAAUGCUGAUCACUCCCAUUUCCGUAAACUCAGCGGCGGCUCCUCCCCAAACACCACCUCCUUCGGUUUCUGUUGACACCAUAAAGGAAGGCAUCUCCAGUCAAAUUUGGCCUUCUGUUGGGGCAAAUCAAGAACAUCCAUCUCCAAUUGGAUCGACGCAAAUUCCAUCACCAGGUCAAUUCCAGCCAUAUACAUCAUCAUCAUCUCCAUGGUUCUCAGUUGGCCCAACUCAAUCUCUUCCUCCACCCAACUUUUCAGCACCACCACCACCGCCGCCGUCAGCUGUCAAUCCCAUUCAAUCAUCAUUUGGCCCUAGACCCAUCAUCCCGCCAGCUGGACCUGGUCCAUAUCCGGGGAAUUUUGCUAUGGGUCCCUCUAGACCAUGGCAGCCCCCCCGUUUUAUGCCUCCAUUAAAUGUAAGGCCACCACCGCCAUUCUCUCAAAAUGUCCCCAUUUCCCAUUCAGGACCAACAUCCUUUCCUCAAGGGCCUUCUCCUUCUCCAAAUUUUCAACGCCCACCAAAUCUAUCCCAAAACCAUAAUCUGAUGGGUGGAACUGUAAAUCCACCACCUAUAAUAACUGCUCCAAAGCCGCUGAAUCCCAGGCCAAGUGAUUUUACGUUUCACCCUCACUUGCCUCCGAAUCCACAGCCCGGUUUUCAGCAUUCUAAUGUAGGACAGCCACCACCUCCACAAGGACGUCAGUUUCAAGUUAACUAUCCCACGAUGAAUCAGCCACCAACUGAAAUGCCUCGGUUUGGUGGAAACAGACAUCCGUCAUUCCCAAAUUCAAAUCCGAGUUCAACCAUCUUCAACAUCCCUCCUCCUAUGGGACCAAGAAAUUUCGGCCCAUCUCCACCUGUUCCAAACUUGGGUAACAGACCUCCUUUCCCGCAACAAAAUUUUCCUGGUCAACCACCUAGAAAUCAGCUAUUCAAUAGCGAUCCUCGUUUUGCACAUGUAAGAAGGCCCGUUUCUGUAUCUUCAGGACAACAGCAGGUUUAUGACCCUUUUUCUCCCACUGCAAUCACUCCCCAGCAGGGUAAACCUAGAUCAUCUGAGAAUAACGAUUCUGAAUAUGAUGAUUUGAUGGCUUCUGUAGGUGUAAAAUAGUUUUCAUUUCUACUUAUAGAGUCCCAUAGAAAGUUUGACCAGCUUCAUUGUAUGUAGACUAUUAUUUGUUUCAUUCUACUUAUUAGAGAUAAUUGAAAUAGUCUGAAUGAUUCAGACUCUGGGUGCCUCCUGACCAGUCUUUUUUCAUUUCGGUUCGGACCCAAUUUCAUAUAUGGGGCUUGUAUUGGUCCUCUUAACAAUCAAACUUAUUCAGCAGUUUUCCUUUAACUAGGUUUCGUUGUUCAAUCAUUAAUAUAAUUCACUAUGUUUAUCAGAAAAGGAAAAAAAGAUUCAUGAAGGAGAAUCAAACAAGUGUGGGCAUAUUUGACCAUUAAAACAUAGUAGUUUUACAAAAGUGGGUGAAUCAUGUACA